CGAGGAGAGACCGCUAAAGAGACGGGCAUGCUUUCCUCACACGGCGUGGAGCAGAAGGGGAACUAAGCAUGUUUCCACUAUUUCACAGAGUUAGAGAGUCCAGCGGCGGCGGUAGAGACGCUCAGUGAAGUUUCCUCACGUGUCUGGUGUUGGAGAAAAGCGGGCUGUGCUGCGCAGUGGUGGCGCUCGCUGUAUUUACACUGUGUUUAAUGUGCCAGUGGAAAGGUUUUACACAUGUGUUUAGUGCCAGCCGAGGGCCAGCACUGUAACCAGCACCAUGGUGAACAAACAGGACCUGGAGGAAAGCGUGAAGAAGCUGUUAGUGAGGCUGAAGAACCUGGAGGAGGGCAAGCAGCUGGGCACCAUGGUCCAGAUCAUGCAGGACCUGCUGUUCCUCGCUCACACAGAGGAAUAUGCUGCAGAGCUAUUUGAGGACAAAAAUGUCCAUGAGCCACUGAUGCUGGUGUUAUCAACCUACAGCAACAGCAAAGUUCAACAGGUGGGAUGGUCUCUACUGUGUCGUCUGAUGGAGAUCUGCCCUGCCACUCUAGACAAGCUGGUCAGGCCGCUGGGAGCUGGGAGUAGCUGGGAAGUUUUAGGUGUCCACCAGCAAAUUCUGAAGGUGCUGUUCGUGCAUAAUGAAGACUGUAAAGUGGUAAUGAUAGGACUGCGGGUUCUAGCCUUGCUGUUAAAGUCAGAUGAGCUGCUGGUGCUUCUUCUGGAGGAGGAGAUGGAUGUGUUUGAGCUGGUGGUGGAGGCUAUGAAGACAUUUCCUGAAAGUGAGGAGGUGCAGCUUCAAGGCUGCUCUGCUCUCCGCCUGCUGCUGGAAAGAGUUACAGAAAGCCAUCUGGUGGAGUUUGUUGAUAGGAAGGACCAUGCAGUGGUUCUUCGUGCUCUCUCGAGGUUUAAGGACUGCAAAACUGUAGUGUUGCCUGCACUGCAGCUCCUCAUACCAUUGACUGAAACUGAAAGCAAUGUUGAGAUCCUGAUGUCCAAAACUGAAAAAUGCUACAGUUUGGUGUGUGAGGCAGUGGAGGCGUGCUCACAGUCGGAGGCUGUGCAGGAGGUGGGAUGCUGCUUACUACAAAAACUGACCUCAGAAAGCUACUUCACUAUCCUGGUGCUAAAUGGUGUGCACAGGCUUGCUGUGAAUGCCUGUCUCAGCUAUCCUGACAAUGCUACAAUCCAGACUGCUGCCUUUUCUUGCCUUGCUGCACUUACAAAGAGCAUUGUGGAGAAUAAAAGCCUUGAGAGAGAAGUCAGUGAGGAGGAGGAUGAGAGGAUGAAAGAAGAUGGUGAUGGCGCAGAGGAGAGCUUGGUUUGGAGAGAUGCUUGUUGCAUAGCUUUGGAAAGACAUACUGAGAAUGAGAAAGUACAGGAAGCUGCCUGUUGGGCUUUAAACAGCUUGCUGCUUUAUGGGAAUGCACGCAGUCAUGUAUAUUUGGAGCCAGAGGGAAGGCCACCGGUACAUACUCAGAUAAUGGCUGUGAUGCUUUUGCACUCCUCUAAUGUUCGUGUGUUCCAGGCUGCUACAUCCACACUAGGCACUCUCAUACGUAGACACAGUAAGAUGAGGUCUCUGCUGCUGUCCCAUGGCAUCCAUUACAAUAUUGUGGAACUGAUGAAGAGACACGCUGACUCCAGUGAAGUGUGUGAGAGUGCCUGCAAGUUUCUACACAUACUUUUCCAGGGAGGAAGGGUAAGUCUGGAUGACAGUGUUAUGGCUUUGGGGCGCAUCCUGAUCUCAAUGAAAGAUCAUAACUUUGAGCCUGAGGUCCAGCUGGAGGGGUUGAGAGUCAGCCUGGUGCUUCUGAACCCAGACCUCAGUUUGAGGGAGCACGGCGUGUCUGUGGCAGAUCCAGACGCUUCAGAUGUGUCUCUGAGAGUGCUGAAGAACCAGUGUGUGGUAGAGGAAGCUCAUACCAUUUACCUGGAGGCCUUGAACAGAUUCAUCAGCAGUGAGGAGAUUCAGGUGUGUGGGCUCGGUGUCCUCUCUGCACUGGCUGACUGUUCUGGAGCUGUUGAUGUCAUGUGCCAGCAGGGGGCGAUAGACACAGUGCUGCACACACUACAGAUGUUUCCUCGGAAACGGGAUAUUCACUACUGGGGUCUGAGCCUCCUGUUUCACCUGAUCUCUAAGAAGAAGCUGUCGCGCAUGAUUGUGCCUGUAUUAGCCUCUGUUCUGGUCGCCUCUGUGAGGCAGCACAAGGAGGAUGCAGCAAUGCUUCUGAAGGGUUUUCAGGUAAUCUGGAAGCUGUUGGACACCUGCUCAGGUGCAGCUCCUGAGCUGGGGAAAGAGGGUUUUGAGAAGGAAGUUUUCCAUCAGCUGAGAGAGAGCUCUCCUGAUCAGAGAAGUGAUCCGCUUCAGAAGCUGAGCUGCCUGUGCCUGUCGAAGAUGGUGGUGGACAGUGAUAUCCGUUAUCGUCUGCUGGAGAGAGCGUGUGAGGAGGGAGAUGUGGUAAUGGCUGAGUGUCUGAUUCAGCUGGGGGCUGAUGUCAAUAAGAAAGCCAAGACUGAAUCUCUGAUACAUCAGGUGUGUGAGCAUGGUCCGGCCCUGGCUCUGGUUGAGGUGCUGGUUGAUGGUGGUGUUCAUGAGCAGCAGUUGCGUGGGGCUCUGGCGGUGUGUGUGAAGAGGGGAGACGGCCCUGUUGUCACCUUCCUCCUGGGCCGGCUGGGUCUAAAACCCACCAGAAAUGCACUCUGUCUGGGAGGCUUUAAGCUGGGACGUCUGGAGACCUCGUGGAUCAGUGGACUCCUGUUGGAGCAGAGAGCGCCCUCUACAGCUCAGAAGAAAAACAGUAAAGGCCAGUGGCUUGCGAGGCACAUCAUUGCCCUCCAAAGGAAGAGGGGUCAGGCUGGAGUUUCUGGUCUACAGAGUGAUGUAAACACUUCAGGGUAUUUCUCUGAUGAGGAAAGCGAUGAUUCCUCAUACAUCUCUUUAGAUGGCAGCAUGGUCUUUGAUGAUGUAGAGAGUGAUGCAAGCGAUGGCUCUGCUCGAGCUUUUAGACUUUACUGUGAUUCACCGGAGGAGUUGAGAGGGCGGCCCAAAGCAAGGCAGCAGGGACGGCAAAGACGUGCCGUUUCUGAGGGAAGCCAUGGUGAAUCUGAUAUUAAUGGGUCACUACACAGGAGACUGAACAGGAACGGCCAGAUCCAAAGAGGAAUGUUUUUUUCCGAGACUUCCUCCCCUGGUGGUCCACUGUCUGGUGUGGUAAAUGGUCACAUCACCCUGCUGGAUCUGUCAGGAAAUGAACUGGACUCUCUGUCGUGCUUCAUGGGUGAUAGUGUUGUCCAGCAGCAGCUUAAGCACCUCCUACACCUUGAUCUCAGUGGCAACAAGCUAUCAGAGAUUCCCAGCACUCUCUGUGAGAGUUUGCAGAAUCUAACACGACUGGAUCUUCAAGACAACCAACUGAAGUCACUUACUGCAGAGCUCCUGAGUCUACCAUCUCUGAGCACGCUCAGUGUGGCACAGAACUGUGUCGGCCCUGUGCUCUUUUUGAAACCACACGUACGCUGUCCAACUCUCCGCCAGCUCAACCUGUCUUUUAACUGCCUCACUGCAUUCCCUUACCAGCUGGGCCAGGCCAUGGAGAACCUGGAGGACCUCAACCUGGAGGGGAAUCAAAUCUCUGAACUCUCGCUCCCUCUCUGUCUAGCAGAGAUGAAAGCGCUUGAUGUUUCUAAAAAUGGAGUAGCAAUGAUCUCUGAUGACUUCUUGUCUGGGUGCUUUAAGCUAGAGACAUUCAGUGCAUCCAACAAUAAGCUCAGCUCUAUGUCACACUUGCCUUCUAAAAUUACAACGUUGAAAUUAUCCCAGAACAAUUUCAAAAGUGUUCCCUAUGCACUUCUCAAUUUACCAAAUUUGCGGUCAGUGGACAUGAAGAGUAACAGUAUCAGUGUCCUGCCUGGUCCCUCUGCGUGGGCUAGUGCUAAUCUAAAAGAGCUCCUGUUCAGUCAGAACCAGAUCGCUGAGCUGGACCUCAGAGAACCAGUCCAGAAGUGGGCCCGUCUGGAGAAGCUGCAACUGAGUAAUAACAAGCUUACUGAGAUUCCUCCUCAGAUUGGGCUGCUGGAGGAGUUGACCUCUCUAGACGUGAGUGGAAAUGUUGGCCUGCGCUCUUUCCCUGACGAGUUGGGAAAACUGGUGCGGCUGUGGGAUCUUCCCCUGGAUGGACUACAGCUCCAACUUGACCUCAAACACAUCGGCAACAAGACCAAAGACAUUGUCAGGUACUUCCAGCAGCGCUUAAAGAAAGCUGUUCCCUAUUUCCGCAUGAAGCUGAUAGUGGUCGGAACUGCAGGCAGUGGGAAGACUACGCUGAUCCAGCAGCUGAUGAAGCAUAAGCGCUCCCAGUGGAAAUCUGGCAUCGGUGGAACCAAAAUCAGUGUCAGAGACUGGACAGUUCGAGACAGAGACAAGAAAAACAUGAUCCUGAACGUCUGGGAUAUCCCAGGUGGGGAGGAGUACAGUGAAACUCACCCUCACUUCAUGAGCUCCAGAGCCAUGUACUUAGUGCUCUAUAACCUGAGUAAAGGAGUUAGUGAGCUGGACACAGUCAAACCCUGGCUUUUCAACAUCAAAGCACUAGCCCCUCUAUCUCCUGUUAUACUUGUUGGGACUCACGUGGACAUGUGUGAAGACCACGUAUUACAAGAGUGUAUGCAGAAGCUCCGUGAGGAUGUGCUGAUCCAGCUGGGUUUCCCAGCCAUCAAGGAAUGCCCCAUUCUGUGUGCCUGUGAGGAGUCAGACUCCAUUAGCAAACUGCGCAAGUCCAUCGCCUCGGGGGCCAGUUGUUUUAAGAUCCAGGGGCAGCCAGUGAUGGGGCAGCUGGUUCCUGACUGCUAUGUUGAGCUGGAACGGAGAGUUUUGCAGGAGAGGACACGCGUCCCUCCUGAAUUCCCUGUGCUCAGACACCAGCGUCUCCUGCAGCUCAUACAGGAGAGCCAGCUUCAGCUGGAGGAGGGAGAACUCCCUCACGCCAUCAGGUUCCUCAGUGAGACUGGUGUGCUCCUGCACUUUGAUGACCCUGCACUCCAGCUCAGAGACUUGUAUUUUAUUGACCCCCAGUGGCUGUGCAACGUUAUCUCACAGACUCUCAUUCUUAGCAGUUCAGGGUUGUGUGAGAACACCACGGGGGUGGUGCUCCGCUCUGUGUUGACUCUGUGUCUCUCUGAGAGCCGCUGCUUUCCCAGGGAACAUCUCAUGCAGUACUUUAAACUGCUGGAGAAGUUUCAGAUUGCUUUGCCUUUCGGGGACGAGCAGUUGCUGAUACCCAGCAGUUUGCUUCAUCAUAAACCAGUAAUUAACCUCCCUCACUCUGAGAACUCUGAGAUGAUCAUGAGGAUCUAUGAGAUGCCCUAUUUCCCCAUGGGCUACUGGUCCAGGCAGAUCAACCGGCUCCUAGAGGUCUCCGCCUUCAUGCUGUGUGGCAGAGAGAUCCCUUUAAAGCCCACACCUAUCACCUGGAGGACAGGCAUCUACCUAACGUGGGAUGCUGAGACCUACUGCCUGGUGGAAGCAUACCCAAUAGAGAAAAACCCUUCAAGCUUUGUUAAAGUUACUGUGCCUUGUUCUCGCAAAGGUCAGGUGUUACUGGGGCAGGUGGUGGAUCAUAUUGACUCUGUGCUGGAGGAGUGGUAUCCUGACCUCCUCAACACUGAUAUUCAUGGUGAUGGGGAAACUGUGCUGAAGAAAUGGGCCCUGUACAGCUUCAAUGAUGCGCAAGAGCAGAGCAAGAUGCAGCUGGAGGAGCUGCUGAAAAGCAUUGAUAAAGAUGGUCUCUUGGUGAACAAAGAGGACCCUCAGUGUACAAUACCCAUCUCUCAAAUCUGCCCCGACCUGAUCCUGAUUGAUCAGCCUGCCAGUACAAUGUUGGACCCUGAAGAACUGGAGAAGGAACUCUCCAAAGAGUACCUGCUUGGAGAUGGAGGCUUUGGCUCGGUGUACAGAGCAAUAUAUAAAAAUGAAGAUGUUGCCAUUAAGAUUUUUAAUAAACAUGCGUCAGAGCUCUAUGUUCAUAGACUAGUGAGACAGGAGUUGACCGUGCUGGGCAGGCUGAAUCACCCCAGUCUGGUGGCUCUGCUAGCAGCAGGAAGUUCCCCUCAUGUGCUGGUGAUGGAACUGGCUCCGUGUGGCUCACUGGACUCACUGUUUGAAAACAAAGAUGGCAGCUUUAGUCGCAAACUGAAGCACAGGAUAGCACUACAGGUGGCAGAUGGCCUCAGGUAUUUGCACUCUUCCAUGAUCAUCUAUCGAGACCUGAAGCCUCACAACGUGCUGCUGUUUACUCUGAAGACUGACUCGGAGAUCAUAGCUAAGAUCACUGAUUACGGCAUUGUUCAGUACUGCUGCAGUAUGGGAGUCAAGAGCUCAGAGGGCACUCCAGGGUUCCGUGCUCCUGAGGUUGCUCGCGGUAAUGUGAUCUAUGAUGUUCAGGCGGACGUUUACUCGUUUGGUCUUUUGCUUUAUGACCUCUUGACCUGCGGACAGAGAAUCUCGGAUGGUGUGAAGUUCCCCAGCGAGUUUGAUGAGAUUGCUGUGCAAGGCAAGCUACCAGAUCCAGUAGAGCACUACCACUGUUCCCCAUGGUCAGGAUUUCAGAACCUAAUGAAGGACUGUCUGAAUGAGAACCCUCAGGACAGACCCACUUCUGCACAGGUCUUUGAUCGUCUGAGCUCAGGCGAGAUGCUGUGUCUGAUUAGGGAGCUGACUUUGGACGGGCUGCCCUGUGAAUGUUUUGUUGUCUCCUGUGUUGGUGGAAGUGUGGGCAGAAGUGUGAACGGAGGUGCAGGUGCUAGAGUUUGGAUGGGAGGUGGCAGCAGCAGCCAGAAGCUCGGCUGUGUCACCUGUGUGGAUCUAGAGACUGAAAAAAGCACCAGAUUGGAGAUUGACCAAAGCCCUGUGCUCUGCCUGGUGACUGUAAGAGUGCCUGAGGAGUCCCAUGAUUGGCUGGUGGCAGGGACACAGCUGGGAUCACUGGUUGUAAUGGAUACAAAGAAUGCUCAAGUUUUGCACCAUUUGCAGAGUGUGAAGGAUUCAGUCACCUCCUUGUUCUUUCACACACCCACUCAGCGCAGCUGUUUAAAGAAAUACCUAUUAGUGGGGACAGCAGAUGGAACCAUUGUCAUUUAUGAAGAUGCAGUAAUAAAGUGUGCAGAUGGUGCUCCAGUGAAGGUGGUGAAGGUUGGGAAUGUGAAUACACCGCUGAUGUGUCUGGGUCUGUCAGGCCACUCUCAGGACCGCAGCACUAUCUGGGCCGGCUGUGGCACUAAAGCGUUUUCACUGUCUGUGGACUACAGCAUCUCAAAGACUAUAGACACCUGGACUGCCAAACUCUUUGUUCAGCAAAGAUCAACCAGCAGUGAGGCGUGUAUCUCUCGACUGGUGGUGGAAAAGCACAUCUAUCUGAGUAAGACCGGGGGACACAUUGUAGAAGUGUGGGACAAGAAGAGCGGGAAGAUGAUUGACCUCAUCGAUUGUGUGCAGUUGUUAAGGAAGACCAAACUGAGUUGUGAGACAGCUGGAAUAAUGGAGUCGUCCUGGGCCUGUGUGAAGACCCUACUGGUGCAGCAUAAUGGCACCCUGUGGAUUGGCACCAGAGCCGGGCACAUCCUGCUGGUGGAUCUGUCCACGCGUGAGCUGCUGCAGGCAAUCAACCCCAACUGCCACUCAGUGCGCAGUAUGGCCUCUGUUCUGAUAGAAACAGAAAGCCGGAAAAGCGUCAUUCUGGUGCUGGGUAGGCGGCUCCACAUGUCUCAAGAGCAGAACAGGCUUGACGAGAAAUCUGUGUUAAUGGUGUGGAGCAGCACUCUGCCACAGGAAGUGAAGGAUUUGAAAGCACAUUGUGAACUGAGAGAACAGAUCAAAGCCAAAAUGAGAGAGCAGGCCCACACACAAACGUUUCAGUAUGAAACAACACCGAACACUCUGCUGUCCUCUCCACUCUGAAAUUACCGUGGCUUCGUCUUUAUGAAAAAGGGACCUAAAUGUGUGAUCUCACUGCUGUUGGAAAUUUUGCACAAUUAAGGGACACCUGUUUAUAACGCUGGAUUUAGAUGUACUGUAUAUUUUUUUAUUAGGAAUUUUGUUGCUACAGAAUAUACUCCACCUUCUGUGAAAAGACUUAUAAUAUUCAGUGUAUAGAUGGGCUUGUCUUUGGUGACAUGCUGUUAAAGCCCUUUCCACAGUCCAUUUUGAACUGACAACUGUGUAAUCUGUGUGUACUUGUUAUACUUGUGCUUAAACCAAGAAGAUUUAAGUGGAAAUGUAGUUCAUGGGUAGGUUUUCCAGGUGAGGGAACCUGGAUAUUGUGCAGCUGGAAAUUUCAAUAUGGAUGGACAUACACACACCCUAAACUAUAGUGCCCUUCCUCUGACCAUUUGUUCUGUGUUUUAAUAAGGUAACUCUAAGCAACUCCUUUAUACCUCUGUUCAACCUUAAGGUGUAGUUUCCCAAACAGAGAUUAAGCCUAAUCUUGGACUACAGAGCUUUUUAAAUACACAUUUCCAUGAAAGGAAAAUGUAGUCUAGGACUCGCCUUAAUCCUUGUCAGGGAAUCCGACACUUAAUGUGCAGCCCUACAGAAGAGAACUGAAAGCUCUCUGUGGCCCUACAUUGUUUAUUAUUGAUUAUGUGCUGCGUCAGCAUUAAAAUAAUAAUUUAUAUAUGUAAAAAAUAUAAUUUUACACUACAUAGUAUCUGUAUGUUGUGAAAUAUUGUACCCCAGUCCACCAGCUUUACCUACACAUGUGGCAUAUCUUAUAGAACAUUUAUAAAGGGAUGACAAUCAUAUAAAGUAAAAAGAAUCAAAUCUGUAAAAGAACUGGAGAAUUAGCCAAAGAAAUGAAAUGUUUGUUUAUUUUAUUAGAAAAUGAGUGUGCAUGUCUGUGUUAUAUAAAUGUAAUUGUUCUGUGUAUGCAUACACAUUUGAUUUGUACUUGUGAGCCAUGUCAAAGUUGUUAUAAAGGUUUUUUGUUAUAUUAAUGUUUCUACUUUAUGAGAUAAUGUCAUAACAUUUUUUAUUUGAAAGCACCCAAUUUCUGCAUUUGAUUUCCUGUAAAAUGUGGUCUGAUCAUUAUCUGACUCAAGACAAUGGCUAAUCACAAUCUAACUAAUCUAAUAAUACACCGUGCAGGCUAGGAAAAGUCAUGUAUAUUGUUUAUCAGCAAUUAUCUUGACCAAACAUUUUCUUGUAGCAGUUAGAGUAGCAACUUUAGACAGUUUCUAACAGUUACUAGCACUGUUAUGUAUCUGCAUAUAAAGUUUGCACAGUGUUUUGUAGGAAUUUUGGAUAUCCAAACAUGUUUCAAUACAAUACACAAAACAUUGCUUACCUGCAUAGCCCUCUUCAGGUCAUGUUGUCUCAAAAGCUUCUCAAUUUAGCAUUUGAACUUGCCAUUUCAAAAACAACAAUUAAUGUAAACUAUUAAUUACCUGAAUUAUUUGUGUUCUUUAAGUUAUUUUCUUGUUGUAUCACUAAACAUCUCUUUACCCUCA